AUGUCUAUGCAAUCGUCUUUAUUGAAGGAAGAAUACGUUCCUCUUCAUGAAAUCCGCAGACCAAUCCCUCCGGUAUUGGAUUUCCAGAAAAUCGAUGCCAUGGUAUCAACCCUCAAUGGGGUGCCAAUGGCUUCUGCAACCUGCGGAGUUGCCGAUAUAACUCCCGGUGAAUUGCCUCCUAUAGAUGUGUUUAAGGUCCGCGAAGCUGGAAAAAAUUACUACUUUGCCUUUGGUGGAUGUCACAGAUUCCAAGCUUACGAUAGAAUAAACCAACAGGGCGAUAAAGUAGUCAUGGUCAAGUGCAAAAUCUUGCCUGCUACCAGAAAAACUUUGCGCGUAUACUUGGGUUCUUCAGUAGACCAGAUGUUUGAGGAUCAGAGCUACGACAAGACAGAAGUAACAUCGCUCAAAAAAUUAUCAAUUAAUGAAUAG